AUGCUUCGCUUUGUCUCCCACAGUAUCGUGGGUCACACAGAGCCCUACACCAAGCUCUGCUGCAAGGGCUUCUGCAUUGACAUCCUGAAGAAGCUGUCUCGCACCAUCAAGUUCUCCUACGACCUCUACCUGGUCACUAACGGCAAGCACGGCAAGCUGGUGAGGGGCAUCUGGAACGGCAUGAUAGGGGAGGUGUUCUACAAGCGAGCGGACAUGGCCAUUGGCUCAUUGACCAUUAACGAGGAGCGCUCGGAGAUCAUCGACUUCUCUGUGCCCUUCGUGGAGACGGGGAUCAGCGUGAUGGUUGCCCGGAGCAACGGGACUGUCUCUCCCUCUGCCUUCCUCGAGCCGUACAGUCCUGCUGUGUGGGUGAUGAUGUUCGUCAUGUGUUUGACCGUGGUGGCCAUCACUGUGUUUGUGUUUGAAUACUGCAGCCCAGUAGGCUACAACCGUAGUCUGGUCAGCGCCAAGGACCCAGGUGGCCCCACCUUCACCAUCGGCAAGUCGGUGUGGCUGCUGUGGGGCAUCGUGUUCAACAACUCUGUGCCCAUUGAGAACCCCAAGGGCACCACCAGUAAGAUCAUGGUGCUGGUCUGGGCCUUCUUCGCUGUCAUCUUCCUGGCCUCCUACACCGCCAACCUGGCCGCCUUCAUGAUCCAGGAACAGUACAUAGACACGGUGUCUGGGCUCUCCGACAAGAAGUUCCAGAAGCCCCAAGAGCAGUACCCCCCCUUCCGUUUUGGGACGGUCCCUAACGGGAGCACGGAGAGGAACAUCAGGAGCAACUAUCCAGAGAUGCACUCCCACAUGGUCAAAUACAACCAGAAGGGGGUGGAGGAUGCCCUCCAAAGCCUCAAGACCGGGAAGUUGGACGCGUUCAUCUACGACGCGGCCGUGCUGAACUACAUGGCCGGGAAGGACGAGGGCUGCAAGCUGGUGACCAUCGGGAGCGGGAAGGUGUUUGCCACCACGGGCUACGGCAUCGCUCUGCAGAAGGAUUCGCGGUGGAAGCGGCCCAUCGACCUGGCUCUGCUUCAGUUCCUUGCCGACGGUGACACCCAGAAGCUGCAGACAGUGUGGCUGACAGGUAUAUGUCGUAACGAGAAGAAGGAGGUGAUGAGCAGCAAGCUGGACAUAGACAACAUGGCAGGAGUGUUCUACAUGCUGCUGGUGGCCAUGGGCCUCAGCCUGCUGGUGUUCUCAUGGGAACACCUGCUCUACUGGAAGCUCCGACAUUCCGUACGCAAGUCGGAACGCCUGGACUUCCUGCUCGCCAUCAGCAGGGGCAUCUACAGCUGCUUCAACGGCGUGGAGGACACAGACCGCAACGGGAGCCUCCAGAACCCGGACGUGACGACCAACUACACCCAGGCCAACAUGCUGAAGAUGCUGCAGACCGCCAAGGACAUCGUGUCGUCCGCCCGCGUGGAGAACUCCCUCGACAACGCCACCAAGACCAUCGAGAGCUGGGGCCGCGGCGGGCGGCCAGGGGGGGGCGGCCCGGGGGACAUGGUCCGGGUCGGGCUCCCCCCGAGGGUGGCCACCACCGAUGGGCACGGCGGUCGUCUACCCUACAUCUCCAGCAUCAGCGACAACCACUCCCCGUACGGCCAGAGGGCCACGCCCACCUUCCCCAUCCACUACGCCGACACGUCCACACAGUCCCUGCUGGACAAGCCCCGCGUGGUCCCUCGCCCCACCCCUCUGCGCUACACCCUCCCAGCUCGUGGCAGCCAGCACAUAUUCGAACGCACCCUACCCAUCUCCAGCCUCAGCAGCCCCCACAUCGCCAUGAGGGACCCGCCGCCCCCCCCGGGCAUCCCCCCUCCCUCCGUGCACCCCCACCACGGCGGGCGUCUGUACGUGGACAGCCAGCCGCGCCACCCGCCCUCCCCGUUCGUGGCGUACCGGGAGUUCCAGGUGCCCGACAUCUACGUGGAACACAAGGGCCCCCUGGGGCGCAAGUUCAGCUACCCGCCCGACUUCGUGGGGCGAAAGAAGCGCUCCCACAGCUACAUCUUCAACGCCACGCUGGACCCUCGGGGGCGUAACGACUACGACGAGCCGACUGCAUGCCUGGCGGAGCUCCGAGCCAAUCACCUGCUCGGGAACCACUCCCCCGGGAGGGGGGGCGCCACCGGAGGCUUGCCGUGCCCCGACGGGCACUACCCCGGCGGGGCAUCCACAUGCAACUCCUGCAUGAAGUCGUACCUGGAGCCGGAGCUGGAGGACGCCCGCUUGCUGGGGAAGGACAAGGUGAACCGGCGCGCCUCCUUCCUCAAGGCCACGUGGGGCAGCGAGCGCAUCCGUCAGGUGGACGAGAAGCCCUCCACCUCGUCCUCCUCCGCCCCUCGCAUAGACAUGCCUGACCUGUUCCCCCGGGUGGUGGUGUCCAACCCCAAGCCCCACAAGCUGUACGGGAGCACGGGGAACAACCUAUGCUACCCCCUGGCUGCGGAGCCGGCCUACCUGGACCCGGCCCACAUGAACUCCUACCCCUACAAGCAGCAGAAGCUCAAGUACUCCCAGUCCACGCGCCUGCCGUCCUACAGGGAGGCCAUCCUCCAGAACGCGGCGGCUCUGCGGCGCUCCUCCUCCACCGUGGUACACAGACACUACUCCACUUACCUGAACUCCUACUCCGACAUACCCGUCUACAUGGGGCCCCUGCCUCAAGGCGCCGGGGGCCCCCACUGCUACGACCCCUCCAAGGACAUGUGCCACCUGUUCCCCUGCGGCAGCCACUGCCCCGACAGCGCCGCCCUGGUGCCCAGGAUGGGCGACCGCCAGCUGGUGUACCAGAACGACCUGUUCGGGGGGUACGAGCCGGCCAUGCGACCCAGGGAGGAGGCCCCUCUGCCGGGCUCGGGGAGCAGGGACAGGAGGCAGGUGCUGGUGGCCCGCAGGGUCACUAGCCCCUAUGUGCCAAAACCCUGGGGCAGGGUGUCCAGUCUGGAGUCUGAGGUGUGAGAGCUGAUGCCCCCCCCCUCCCCCCACCCCCACUCCCCUAGCCCAAACUGGACCCCCCUCCAGGGGUGUUGGCCACCCCCCCCUGCCCCCCUGGUUCCUCCCCCAGGCCCCACUCCCUCAUCAAUCUCUUUCUCAGACAGAGAGAGAAAGAGAGGAAUUGGGGAGGGUGGUAGGGGGCACUGGGUGGGGUGGGCGGAAGGGGGGCUGGACUAGAGAAGGAUUCCCUCAGCUUUGGGCUGAAGCAAAAGCAGCUCAAGGACCAAUGGUGGACUUUUCAACUCAGUGCA